AUUUUAUUAAGUUUUUUCCUAUUCAAUUGUUACGCGUUUGAUUUGUUAGAUCGUCCGUUAAAUUUUAUACAACUCGGUUAUAAAUAUGGCUACACCGUUGAAGAAUUGAUUGUCAUCACAGAGGAUGGAUACAUAUUGAAAUUAUUUCACAUAUUAAAUAAAAAGAGAAUAAAAACACCAAUAUUAUUGAUGCAUGGUAUAAGCGAUUCAUCGGAUACAUGGAUAACCAGGGGAAACAAUUCAUUAGCUUUAACCUUAGCUGGAAAAGGAUACGACGUUUGGGCGGGAAACUGCAGGGGAAAUAAAUAUAGUAGAAAACAUAUAUAUCUAGAUCCGAAUACUGAUAACGCAUUCUGGGAUUUCUCCUUCCACGAAUUUGGAUAUUACGAUUUAUCAGCAAUUAUUGACACAAUUUUACAUAUAACUGGAGAUGAAAAGAUAAAUGCAAUCGGUCACUCACAAGGUAAUACUAUAUUUUACGUCCUUGGAUCAACAAGACCUGAAUAUAAUAAUAAAAUUAACUUAUUAAUAGCAUUGGCACCUAUUUGUUUCUUACAAAACGUUCAACCACCACUUAGUACGUUAAUCAAUGCAUCACCAGCAAUAGACAGGCUUGCGAAAUUCCUAAACAUAGUAGAAGUAUUAGGAGAUAAAUCAUUAAUCGUUAAUAUAUUACGUAAUUUCUGUCCAACACCGAUUAUUGGAUACAAAACUUGUAUACUAGGUAUAAUAUUUCCUAUAGCCGGUGACGAUAUUGAAGAAUUUGAACCGAGUUUCGUGCGUACAUUUUUCAAUCAUUUCCCUGUUGGUGUAUCAGAGAAAGAUUUGAUACAUUACGCUCAAGUUAGUUUAAGAAGAAAAUUUGCUAACUACGAUUAUGGAACUGAAGUUAAUCUACAGAUGUACAAUUUAACAGAGCCGCCAGAAUAUAAUCUGAAUGCAGUUACAAUGAAAAUAUCUUUAUUAUAUGGUGUUAAUGAUAAAUUAUCAACAGUUGAAGAUGUUGCUAUUCUUAGAAGGAAAUUGCCUAAUGUCAUCAAAUACGUAUUAAUUCCGCGUAAAAAGAUGAACCAUAUCGAUUUCGUUGAAGGUCUACAUAUGGAAGAAUAUUUAUUUCCAUACAUUUUCGACAGUUUAAAUGAAAAUAAUUGAUUCGUUCGACAAUUCUGUGCAUCGUAAUCGAAAUUGUAUUUAACAAAAUUGUUCUAACUUCAGUGAAACAAUGUAAAAAUUCCAAAAAGUAUAUCAUUAAAGUAGCAUUAAAUAGCAAUUUUUAAUGACUAAACGUGGAUUUCUGAGUAAAAAAACUUAAUUAGUGUAGCCCACGCAUCCAUCCACAUCACAUCCAUCUAAACAUUUGCAUU